GAAAGGAAUUACUUGAAGCUGUUUCUAAAACGAUUGAGUAUGAUGUUUGGGAAGAGAUAUCUAAAUCUCCUUGUAUUGGUGUAAUUAUUGAUGAGAGUAAUGAUAUUUCAACAACAAAAAAUUUAAUUGUUUAUGUCAGUUAUAUUUAUCAAGAUGUAUUAGAAAAGAUUACAUCAUUUGCAUUUGAUGGGACUUCUGUCAUGUUGGGGGUGAGGAAUGGAGUAGCUAAACAACUCACAAGUUAUUGUCCUUAUAUG